AUGGUGCUACCUGAAAAAAACUCCAGUUCAUCUGCUCCCAAGAAGACCCCUGAGCAGCAUGCUCUGAGGCACCAGAGCCUGCCCUCUCCAGCCCUGUGCUGCGCCUGUGGGCUGUGCAUCAUGCUGGCUGGCAUCAACAUCACCCUGGUGGGAGCUUUUGCCUUUGGUACCUUCAUCCCUACAAGCAAUCCUCCCAUCUUCAUUGGGCCUCUUCUUUUACUCAUCGCGCUGGCUUUCUUUACAGCCUGCUGUGUCAUCAGCAGGAGACCUCAAGCCCACACUGCCCAUAAGGCCAAAGGAGGUGAGAAAUGGGCACUGAUGAGGAUGGGGGCAGUUGCUUUUGAGAUGGAGACAAGCGAGCACACGCUUCAGGACACAACAGCUGUCCAGCUCAGCCCCACCAACUCCCCUAGCUCAUCUCACAAAUCCAGCUCCAUCCAAGGGGAAGCCACUGCCCUGCCUUCCUGUCAGGAUGAAGCCACUGAGCAGCACAGAUCAGAGACCUGUGGCACUGGUGUUAUUGGAGAUAAACCCGCUCUGAGCUCCGACUGCAGGGAGAGCACUUCCACACAGACACUGCCUGAUCAGAUCACUACAUAG